AUGAAGUCAUACAAUUGUCCUUUCCCCCUGUCUGAUCCUAAGAGCAGAUAUUGUCUCUGUAGCCUUUUGAUAACGGUGUCUUUGAUUUGUGGUGUUUACUUAAUUGGCGGUGCAUGGCUGCGGAAGGAUUUAUUUAAGUUAGCACCGGGUAUUGGACUAAAAAUGAAACAUCAACCGCAAGACUCAGAUAAAUGUGAGGUUUCGUCUCUGGAUAUAGAAGUUGAUGACAGCACGCAUACUACAUGCCUCGGAAGAUGCAAAGGAGAAUGCAGACCUAUUGGUAGUGAAGCUUUGCCGAAAGGAAUUGUUUCGUCAUCUUCAAACUUGGAAAUGCGUCCUUUAUGGGGACCUGUUUCAGAGGAUUCCAAGUCAACCCGUGGACCGGGUUUGUUGGCUAUUGCAGUUGGGAUAAAACAAAAAAGACUGGUGGACCAAAUUGUUAAGAAGUUUCUUGAAAAUGAUUUUGUUGUGAUGCUUUUUCACUAUGAUGGAGUUGUGGACGGGUGGCGUGAUUUGGAAUGGAGUGAUAGAGUAGUCCAUAUCACUGCACCAAACCAAACCAAAUGGUGGUUUGCCAAACGUUUUCUACAUCCGGAUAUUGUUGCUGAAUAUGGAUAUAUUUUUUUGUGGGACGAGGACCUGGGAGUCGAGAAUUUUCAUCCGAGAAGGUAUAUAUCAAUUGUAAAGGAAGAAGGUCUUGAAAUUUCACAGCCUGCUCUCGACCGUGGUAAAUCCGAGGUGCAUCACUCUAUCACUGUACGGAGGCGCAAAUCGAGAGUGCACAGGAGAUACCAUAAGUUCAAAGGUGGCGGAAGAUGUGAUGACAACAGUACAGCUCCCCCAUGUGUUGGUUGGGUGGAGAUGAUGGCUCCAGUUUUCUCCCGAGCAGCCUGGCGUUGUGCUUGGUAUAUGCUCCAGAAUGACUUAAUCCAUGCGUGGGGCCUGGAUAUGAAACUCGGUUAUUGUGCACAGGGUGAUCGGACUAUGAAAGUUGGUGUGGUUGACGAGGAGUACAUUGUUCAUUUAGGCCUCCCUACACUUGGUGGCUUUUUAGAUGAUAAAUAUACGGCAGGUGAUAAUAUGUACAACCUAAGUAACAGAUCUGCGGUUCGUAGACAAUCGUACACGGAGAUGUUAAUAUUUAGUAACAGAUGGAAGAAGGCUGUGAAGGAGGACCAGUGCUGGGUUGAUCCCUUCACACGACCCACUCAAAGACCCAAAGUCGACUGA